AAGUAUCCUGUGCAGUUCCCAUCUCAAUCACAAAAGACGCCAGAAAUCACCAUACAAUAAGCGGAAAUGACAGUGCAAUCAUACCGUCCACUUUACACCCUUGUGCUUCGACCGAUAUCAAGGGGGUUCUAUAGCUCACCAUGUACCAGGACCCAAAAUGGAUUCAAAAAGCAAUGGGCUUCUGCCUUUGAAUCAUCCAAGGAGGAAGACAAGCAACGAGGACGCCAUGAGCGAGCACAUGCAGUAGACAGAGCCAUUUCUGGAAACACUGGCGAUGGCUACAGCGAUCUUGCUCGGAAAGGAAUGGAAGCAAAAAACAUCGAUGGACCGGAAGCCAAUCAGCCUGCCACUAAAACCGACUCUAGCUACAUUUCCGAAUCCGCCCCCAAACCGGUCAUCGGUCUGGAGGACGAACGAGGAGGCUUCAAGAGGUCCAAGGAAGGUCGAGACUUUAGAAAGUCUCCGGAGCGCAAAUAGCUUUACUUUUUACAGCAGAUCUCAAAUAUCAUAUGGUUGGAAUAAGAGCUGUUUUGAUGGAUUGCCAUUCUAGGAGCCGCUUUUACACAUUCUGCAGUAGGUAUUGGCAGUGGCGAGGUCUCUGCACUCAUGGAUAAUGCCUUAGAAUCCACCUUGAAGGAGUAUGUCAACCUUCAUUGGUAGGAUUUUGAGGAUUUUGACGUGACAGUUAAGAGAAGCUACGCAGUCUUUUAAUAUAUUUCCAUAGUAGAUAAUGAUCCUACCUGAUCGGGUGCAAAUGUUGAUAGAUAAAUAACUAUCUUGUCUAUUCUGCCGUAGCAGAUUCAUG